UUUCGCGGAAUAUUUGUACGAGAUGCCACGUAGUGACGACUGAUCUUUCUCGCAUCAUACGCGUUGUAAGGUUGCAAGAACUUGCUGACAAAAUAAUUACAGUCAAAGGUUCUGAAUAAUCGUCAGAAUUUGUCCACUGCCAGAAACUGCUAUGCCUGAUGAAAACUAAAGUUAAUCAUACCCUGCAGCAAAGGUGACAUCCUCGGAUGAAUCCUAACAGCCGUGUGCCUCCUCUCAGGAGUUCAUCACAAUAUCCUCGUCAUGUCAGUGCCAACCAUGUACCCAGGCCAAAUCAUCAGCCAAGAUGGCCUGUCAAUCACGUUCCAUACGCCAAGGACUAUAGGCAGUGCUACCAAAAUGGGGAUUGUCCAGCCAUGCAGAUAGCUGGUGGUAAUGUGCCUCCAAAAGAAUCCGGUUAUCUCAGCUACCCGAAACCUGGAAGUCCACCUGUUAAUGGCCAUGGAAUCUACACACCAGAGAUUGUGCCUGGUGAUGUUUCUCCACCAUUGCGAAUAAAUAUAUGUGCACAGGAAAAUACUUUGUGUGGUCCACCCAUCUUGAGUGUCAGUCCUAGCGGUUUGCCAGCAAGCACUGUGGAUGUUCAUCAACAUACAGGAGUAGGUCUGGAAUUUUCACCGAGGCGGACAGUCACUGCUGGAGAAAUUCGCCUGAGUCCUUUACAAAUUCAGCAUUCGCCUCCGUAUUUUAGAACUAACAGUCAAGAUGAUGGAAGGAAGAGUGAAAGCCCUUCGCGAAAACGAAGGAGAGUGUCUCGUGGAGGCAUUCAGAUGGCAGUACCUGUUCCCACAACAGCACCACAUACGAGGACACCUUGGGAACAGCGCCGUUCUCCCAGGCACCAGUCAACUGCUCGGAGUGUAAGUAACAGUUUGAGACGCACCAUGCGUUGCACGCCCGUGUGGGGUCCGCUUCCCCACCAGGAGUCGCCCUACACGCCGUUCCACCCACACCCGGCGCACACGGCUCCGAGUCCUGCCACAGUGCCAAUACCGCUUCCACUGUCGCUGUACCCUGGCAGCAGCCCCCCCUCCGCAGCACGGCUGCCACCAGCAUGGGCUGUACGGCUGCUGCAGCUGCCCCCCAGCAUUCCCUCCACCGCCCUCAGGGCCUCCGCCGAUGCCUCCACCACAAGUGCAGGUUCAUGUGUUCCGCAGUUUGGGAGUUGCCUACCACCCCAUCAUCAGUCAUAUGCAGCAUUUCUUCAGGCGCAAGCUCAACCAACGCCUGGGUUCACAGCUCCUCCCAGUCCGUGCCUUUCAGUUUCUCCAGUCCAUUUCCCUCAACAACCUCAGCAUGCUGAUGCAGUGGAACUCCUGGCGGACCAGCGAUCUACAUUCCACCAGCUGCAUGGCACCCAUCUGCACACGACUACUCCAUCUCCACCACCGAUUUUUGUAACAGAGCAAAGAACAGCUCAAGUAGAUCACCUAUCAACACGAAGUCGUAGACCUAGCACACCCAGCAGACGUGUUGGACCACGCCGGUGGAGACCUACUCCUACUCUUCCUGCUUCCACAUCAUAUCCAGGGCUUCUGUUACACUUCCUUGCUAUGUUCUCAAAUGCUCCAUUGUCACCAUACAGUCAAGCUGAUUUGGGUAGCCCUGAUUCAACAGAGACUGAAAACUAUGAAGCUCUGCUCCAUUUGGCAGAGAGAUUGGGUGAAGCCAAGCCUCGUGGACUGGCAAAAAUUGAGAUAGAGCAGCUACCCUCGUAUAAGUUCAACGCAGACACACACCAUGGUGACCAGACGUCAUGUGUUGUAUGCAUGUGUGAUUUUGAAGCCAGGCAGAUGCUUAGAGUUCUUCCUUGUUCACAUGAGUUCCACGCAAAGUGUGUUGACAAGUGGCUGAAGUCCAACAGAACGUGUCCCAUCUGCCGUGGAGAUGCAUCUCAUUAUUUCAGCCACCAGGAUUAGAGAGCAAGUAAUACAGCAGAACUUGGAAGUGCUAUUUUCUUAUGUUAAGAGAAUAUAUUUCUUGUUAUAUAAAGAAAAUUGAAAAGAUUUAAUCUUUAUGUUGUUAGAUGUGUUCCUUUGAUGUUAUUUAUUCUUGUUUUGUUCAUUCUGUCUAGAGCAGUUUACAUGAUUAUUUUCUUAGAAGUAAAAUCAUAUAAACAGAUGAACAGAAGUUGUACUUCGUAGUUUUUUGUAAGUUAUUUUUAGAUUUUUCGUGCCUCUUACAAGCUCUGUGGUUUCCCAAUUAAUAUUAUUACACAGACAAAUAAUAUAUUAAUAAGCUGCAUGUGUGUGCCCUGUUGAGAAGGAUAAGGAACACAUUCAGGGUAUCAACAUAUUAGCAUGUGUCAUUAACUCCCCCCACCUAACACUCCCGUCAACCCACCAUGACAAGUUCUUUGUCAAACUUCUGAUGGUUACUGGUAUGCAUUAAAAAAAAUCUAAGAUUAUCUCAUUAAUGGUAUAUUUUUAUGGUUUAGUUUUGAAGGUUAAAUUUGCCUUAAAAAAAGAAGUCUGUGAAGUAUGUAAUAUGUCUUACAUUCUUCAGUAGAAAUUAUAAAAUUAGUUUAAGCAUAAGCACAAUGAUUUACAAAGUUGGGUGAAGUGUUGUAAAGUUAAUGAAUGAAACAUCCCAUUUUACAGGAUGCAGUAUUGAGGUUUACCUGGUGAAUACCAUCAUAGCAAACUUGCUGUUUUUAUACCCCCAACAGUGUUUUUCAGAACAUCGUUACUUCAUUAGAUAUAUACCAUAAAUCUUCAUCAGAUGUAACUUUGCCUCAUCACCCUAGCUUUUUUAUUACUACAGAAAAAUUGAUAUUACUUUGUUGAAGAUUUAUGGUAGGCCCAGAUGUGUGGGAAGCAGGAAAAAAAGUUUGACAUGUGAAAUAACUACUUUUAAUUUUCUUCUCCGUUAUGUUGUUCUUCCUAUGUUUUCUUUUGUAGUAUUGACUACAAAUUUUAUUAACAUCAACUGAAUUUUCUGUUGGUGUUUAGCAAAACGUAACAUUAAAUAGGAAAAAGUUACUAAUGUUCUGGAAAAGUGUAUUUAUUUGGUGUCGAACUAGCUUUAGACUUAUUAGGUAAAGGUAAAACGACAAGCCAAAAGCCAGUUUGCAACAAAAUAAAUAUAACUGUGCCGAACAUUAUGAAAUGUUUACUAUUACAAAUGUUCUUUAUUUUGGAGACAUUGAAAUGACUUGAGCAAUUUGGGAAAAAAUGUGUGGUUUCCCAUGAAUAUUACAGAAGGGAAGUGUUUCAAAGUAGUACACUAGCUGUUAAAGAAUGGCAUAAAUUUUUAUGUGGUUAAUGUAAAUUUUUGUAUGUGUGAGAUUUGGGGAAGUGGGCAUAAUAUAGUAGUAAUGCAUGUGAAUUUAAUAUUGUCACAGGAUGAUACAGAAACCAUCAACACCUUGAGAAUGUUUAUUGAAGUAAUUUUUAUUGUAAGAAGAAAUGUUAGCCAAUUGCAAGAUGACGUUCAUUCAGACUAUAAAUAUAGUUCUGGAAGUUCUGUAGGUGAAGUGAGAGUUUUAACACACACAAUCUUGUUAGCCUGUAAUUCCAGGUAAAGAUUCUAAAGCUUAAAUAAGAAAUAGGAUCUAGUUAUUUAUUCAUGUACUGUUAAGGAUACAAGAUGAUCGAUACAGUUGCCUAUUCCUUGUGGGAAUCAUCUAUUUGAAUAUUUUGUAUCAAUACAUGCUCGGUCUUAAGUGACCCUGUCAUCUGUUCAGAUAAACAAUAAGUUGAUCAUUACUAAACAAAUAUCAUUUUAAUUGUCGAUAUAAUUUUUCUUCAAAAAUUGUUCAGAUUGCUCAGUCAUUUUCGUUUGUCCCAAUUCGGGUAGUACAUUUAUGUGCCUUGUAAGACAUCUUUGUGCUGAUCAGUGUAAUUGCUGAUACACUUAAUGUGAUGCAGUUCCCUUUAGUCAGUUUACAUGCUGUUAAGUUUGUCUGUUCUCAUUCUUGGUGUUUUAAUAAAACAAAAUUGCUGAAUUAUACAGUCUGACCCAGGGAAAUGUAUGACAUCUAGUGUGUAGCUGAAAAUUAUUUUUAAGAUAUUAAAAAAGUGCAAGUAGCAACUUUGUCCAUGUAGACAGUACUUACCUGUGGAACCACCAUUUGGAAAUAAUUUUGUUACUGCAGGUGGUGUUGGAAUUAAUUGUCUAAGUGUCAGUAUGAUACAAUAAAAUUCUUUCCUUUGAUAUAACUAUAAGAGAUGUUGCCAGAAGUCUGGAAAAACUUCGAAUUGGAAGAUUACUUGCACAACUAUCACAGUAAAAUCCCUCUUUAACGAAUCUCUGGUCACUCAAAUAUUUAUCCUUAAAUGGGGGUUUUGCCAAAGUAUACGGAAUGCUUUUUAAUCACGGAAUUACCAGUAUCCUAUGCUACAGAUAUAAAUCCAGUAAAUAUAUAAUGAUUACACUUUUCACAAACACAUCUUUCAUUUUCUUUAAAAUUAACAAGUCUUGUUUCUUCUGUCCUUCCAGCAUAUUAUAGUGAAAGAAGUUGUACUCCAACUGGUUGAUAUAAGGUAGAAUAGAUCCAUCUAUGUUAAAAGAGAAAAAGAAAUUUCUGGGAGUAUCAGUUCCUUGCACAGCAGCAGUGAAAGUUGAUGCAACACACUAGUUUCUUCUUCUUCGUCUUCUUAAAUCAUCAUCAUCCUCAUUAUUCCCACUGCCAGUUCCUAUCUGUGUUACCUUACAAACAUUUUACUUGCAUCAGUCUCGGGUUUGGGAGCCGGGAUGCUGUCAUCAUGACAACGUCCUAUGAUCUUGCAUUUUCAGAAAUACCAGUUUUCCUAUUCCAUGCUUCUUCUAGAACACUGUCAUCUUAAACAGCAACUUAUGUACCACAGGAAGCCUCUGUGAAACAAUUUAACACAAUCUGUUAUGUCACAGAAUUCCAGGCAGCAACAAACAUACGCAUAACCUGUAUGGUGCCAAGUCUCAUGAGUUCCUUACUUUCAAGGAAUGAAAUUGGCUUCUAGACAACUGCUAUUCUGUAUUUGGUUUUAAUAGAGUAUAUUAUGCCUAGGUACAGAGGCUGCGGAUGACUUGGGUAGUUCGGACUUAGAAACACAACAUUUACAUUCCUCUGAAAUUGUUUCCUUGGUAUGUACAAAACAUAGGUCAAUAAUAAGUAAAUUUUCCUUCCUGCAGCACCCAUCGUGGCAUCUACACCCAGAAAAGUAAUGAAGGCAGUUUUUAACUUUCAUCACUACUUACACACAAUAGUGUCAUAAUCCUUUCUUUACUUUUUACCUCCAUGGCAUUUUUCUCCCUUAAUGGAAUAUAAUAUUGCAAGAAGUAAAUUAUAAAAAGGCACCAGUUUCAUCAAUGCUGUGGGCUCAGAAGCAUGUAUCAGUCCUGGCGACAUAAUGUUCUUCCAAUAGUAUACACUUUCUUUGACUAAGAGCUUGACUUUCUUCAUUUACACUUUGAAUGGAUAGAUUUUGAUGUACUAAAAUAUUCAGCGCUGAUCUUCAGAGUGAUUUCAAUAGCCUUCUCAUGCACUAAGUUUCUGCUAAGAGGAAUGCUUCAAUUUCUCAGUCCUUGAAACAACUUAAGAAUAAUAUUUUCCACAUGAUUGAAUGUAGACAUAUUGAAUGUUCUUCCUUUCUGAAUCCACAGGAAUCAUGUGCUUUGACAUUUAAGAAUGCAUCCUUAUUCUUGAAUAUAUUUCUUCGCCGUGUCGGAAAGAUUUAUUUUAAGAUUGUCAUUGACAUCAUAAAUAAUCAUCAGCUUUCUAUUUUUGCUGGCCACAAAUCCACAAAAGUAAAACUGAUAACUUAGACACUUCAUGCUUCAUAAUUUCAGUAUAUCUUGUUGGCCAUGACUCGGUGACUGUGGUGUCAGAUUAUGUAAGCUAAGUCUCAUGAAAAUAAGAUUGCAGAUUCUUUCAACGCAUCUGCUGGUAUCUAUACAAAGGAAGCCGAAUUAUUGGCUACGAUCUACAUACAUGUUGGCUGGUUGAAUAGAUUACCAUCUACUGUGCCACAUGACAAGAAAUUGUGUGUGUGUGAAAUGGAAAGAAAUCAAACUCACUUGAACAUGUUAGGAAUUACAUAAAUGUUGGGUUUCAGUUUGCAAAAUGUUUCAUGGUUAUACCACAAAAGCAGACUUUUUCGUAGAGCAUGGUUGAAAGUGGGUAGAAAUAACAUUGUUCUUAUGGGAGAUUCGCCAGGACUAACAGAAAUUUUCUUUAAAAGUGAGGUUUCCUUAGAAGCAGGUUCGUUAGUUUAGGGUUUUACUGUAUAUUAUUCCUUUUCAUGACUUGGUAUGGUAUAAAAGUACAGUAUUUUACAAAUUACCCAUAGUACAUCGAUUAAAUAGUUACAAGGAAUAUGCAUGAAGAGGUAGAAUGCCAGCUGAGCUAAACCCAACAAAAAUCUGCUUACAGAGUGUGUUGUGCCUUCAUACUACAAGCAUAUACCAGGGGAUAAUGAACAUACAAAUGUGUUUGCAAUUGCUCUUUCAUGAAUUUUGGUUACCAUGUUUGUAAAAUGGCUUUUUCUUCCCAUUCUUCAUUCACUGGGAUAUAAUACUUGGUUUAGUGUAAGGGGUAAAGAUUUGUGCAGUGUUCUCCAAAAGCUAACAAUUUCUUCCUUAACUAGGAUCCUUCAGUUUGGUCAUAAAACCAUAACAUAUUGAGGUUUCAUUCCCCUCAGGUUAUUCUGAGCAAUGCAAUAAAAUUAAUAUUACCUCAUUAACAGUAGCAUUUUGCAUAAUACAGAUUUAGAACCAUUUCAGUCAGAGUAUUUUGGAAAAAGAUCUGAAUAGUACAAAGAACCACUACAAACUGUAUAUAGUUUUGAUGCAGGGAUUACUGAAAAACUGCAUUGUGGCAGUCUUGUUUUCUAAUUUUAGAUGUAAUUUUAUUCAUUUGUAAUGAACUAAUGGCUUGUAAAUAUUUGCUUAUUUUGUAAGUGACUGAAGCAAUAUCGUUAUCUAGUGGCUUUGUAAGUUAGAAUUUCAUAGCUUUUUUUAUACACAUAGAAUCAUGCUUUUUGCACUUAGUGGGUGUACUGUUAUGUGGUUGUGUAACUAUGUGGAGUUACACAACUGACUGCAGUGUUUUGACACCCAGUAUGAAGUAAGUCUGAUGGAAGAGAGGUUUUUGGAUGCCAAAGAUUAACAUAAUACUUGUUUCCUUCGACACCUGGCUUGAAACAGGAGCAGGUGGGAAGAUGGAACAACCAGCUUGUUGAGGCUGCCAACUGUUAGAUUUGAAGGUGUGUUCAUUACACAGUUGUAAAUUGUAUGUGCAGUGAAAGCUCUUGGUUAAGAAUGCGUUAUCAUUUUGUCUACCAUAAGCUGUUGCUGUGAAAUUAUGUAGAAUUGCCCUUGUAUUAUGAUGAUAUAGAACUUUGAGUCUGCAUUGGAGGCAUAUUAUGUCAUCGAAGUAAUGUUUGUGAAUACACUAAGCUUUGUUUGUGACUGUAAUCUUUUUUGUUACUGUAGUUAAUGCACUUUCAUGUUAACUCUUUAAAGCUCACUUUAGUGAUAGCAAUAAAAAUUUGGCUACUCUGUUGGUUUACAUAGUUAUAAGUCAAUUUGUUUGUAAGUAACCAAUGCUUAUAGCCAUCAUAUUAACUCAGGCCUCUUUCACUAGUCAUGUGGAAUAUUGCCAUUUGUUAGCAGCAUGUACAAAAUGAUUUACUUUGUUUAUUGUUGUAUUUCUGACUUGUGGCUUAUUUGCAGUUAAUGGGGAAAGGAAUGCAAUGUAAUCCUACUUUAAACAUAUUUUUUACAGUCCCAGUAUAUUGUUGGACUGAAAUAUUGUAACAGUUACUUCUGUCAGAGGAUAAUGAACUGAGUUCUUGUACUUUGAGCAACUUUGAUUAUUUGAAGAGUGUAAAUGUUCUCCAACAUAGCACAUUGAAAUAUGUCUGUCCAGAGGAAUUUCAAUUGUAAGGUCCUUGUAAUAUGUAACAUUGUAUUAUUUAUUUAUCCUGACAAAUUAAUGGUCUGCUUUGUAUUAGGUUACAACAUGAGUGUUUAUAUUUCUAGCUUUGUUUCCCACAAGCAGUGGACGCUUAAAGGAUGAGAAUGACAAAUUUUAAAUUUAUGUGAAAAUAAUGUCAUCAGCAAACUGAUUUUCUGAUCCACUUACAUGUUUUUGGUUCUGAUUUCCCCUGCCCCCUUUCUCUUAGCCAUUUCAAGCUUCAUAGUAGUAAUGAGCUCAUUGAUGUUCUUUCCAGUUUGUUAUGUGCAUACACAUUUUUUAUAUACAUACACGUGCUUGUAAUAGGUAAAUUGAAACCGUUGAAUUAGGCUGCCGAAGAACAAAAAGUGCUUUAAAUGUUUCUUACACAUGCUUUCACAUAUAAAGAAAUGUAUAGAAAAUUAGGAGAAAUUGGAAAAUGCUUUCUUCCUACGUCAUUCCAUGUAGGUAGUCCGCUUGAUUGUAAGUUAGGGACAGGUUUGUACCCACCUUUUGUGCAAACAUGCUCUCUGUAUCUGUCCUGAAUAUCCAAAUUUUCAGUGCAUUUAUAAUUCUAUCUCAUAGGGUGAUGUCAGAUGUCUGUAAUGUAAACUUAAGUUUUGUGCAGUAUUUAACUAGAUGUUAAUUUAUCUAUUUUACUGUUUGUUGAGUUUCGUCUCUGUGGAUUAUAUUACAUUAAGAAAUACAACAACCAGCAGAUUUUUAAGCAUUUUCAUUUAUUCCAAAAUGGGUUUGAACUUUUGUCCUUCUUGGAUUGGCAUAAUACAUAUUUAGAUCUUCAGUUAGCACUUUUUUUUUUUUUCAUUUAUACUGUGCUUGUUGUUACUCCUAUUUACCGUAUUUAAUUGUGGCCGGAAAACAUUGGUAUAAAUAAAAAUACAGGCAUGAGUGGCUGGUUGCUGUAUUUCUUGAAGUUAUAUUUAACUAGAUUUGUUGAGAUGUACUUUGAAUCUCUAAAAUCUACCCCCACAACAUAGUUAGAAGUCUUAGUUCAGUCUUCUUUUCAUAAUAUUUAUCAGGUGAGGAACCCUGAUGAGCCAAUUAAGGUUAUUUUAACAAUUAUAGAUAGCAAUCUUAAGUGAAAUUAAAAACAUGUUCUAAGUUCAUUGCUAGACAAUUAAUAAAUCAAGAUUCAGAUUGCAACGGAGAGACAUGUCAGUCCUUGUCAUUCCAGUGUCUGUCUUAAAAAAUUUGUGCUAAAUCAGUGAAUGCAACUGAGGUCAGGCAAUCAUAGGUGAUUGAAAGGCCUCAACUCUUUGCAUUAUCGUGGUUAGCAUUUCCAUAAACACUUCCCAGUUGUCUGUACAAAUUAAUGAAGUCAAAACUAAACCUGAACCUGAACUUGAGUCAAGCAAGGAAUGGAAAAAGAAAUAUUCUUUUAACGCAUGAAAGUAGAUUGACUGAUGCACUAAUUAAGUUCUAGAAUCUUUUAAAGAGGUGGAUUAUUUGGUCGGUUGAGAAAUUGAGUUAGAUAGGUUGUAGCAAAGUCAGUUGGUGCUCAGGCUUAUUAAGAAAACACACAAUUGUUUAAGCAGUCAAAUUUCAGUUGCACUUUCCCAAUUUUGUAUAACAAACAAAGGUUCAUAAUGAGACUGUUUUACACUGAUGUAGUGUUCUCAUUGAAUGUAUCUUAGGUGUAAUUCUAAUGUAUCAACAAGGAGACACCAACAUAUCAUAACUGUGAUGGAAGAACUGCACUGUGAUUCGACAGAGGGUAUUUUAAUUUCGAAUUAUUUUGAAUGCCCAUCUCUCUCUCUCUCUCUCUCUCUCUCUCUCUCUCUCUCUCUCUCUCUCUCUCUCUCUCUCUCUCUAUUGGGUCGAAUACUGGUUGCAUACAGUGUAACAAAAAUAUACAGAUAACCUUUGAGUGAGUGUUUGUAGAAAAUAUCUUGAUGAUAGGGCUUAUCCAGAAAAGUCAUCGAACGACGCUACAUAGUGUGGAAAUUGUAAGGGAAAUGCAUGAGGCAAGCCAUCCCUUUGGCAGCAGAUGCGGGCCUCCAAUCUGACACUCCUGUUGCUGUUGUGCUUAGCAGUCUCUAUCCUGAAGUUCUGCUUUAGAUCCUUCAAUUUACAAACCCAAGACCACUACUAAAAGGGAUCCCUAGCAGCAGGCAUUGCCCACUACCAUAACUUCAAUGCUGUGUAGGUUAUUGGAUGACGUUUCUGAACGUGGGUUCCUGUCCUCAGUUUGUCCGUAAAUACUCCCUCUACAACUCCCUUGAAACCCAGUGGUGUAUUUGCGUUGAUCUUUCCCCCCUCCCACACACACACACACACACACACACACACACACACACACACACACACACACACACACA